AUGAUUUAUGUUGUCAAAUGUCUUGCUAAAUAUAAUUUAGUUUUUCGAGGAUCAAAUGCAAAAAUUUAUCAAAACGGCAAUGGCAAUUUUUUAGAAUUGAUUGAAAUGAUUGCUGAAUUUGAUUUAGUAAUGCUAGAUCAUGUUAGACGGAUUCAAGAUCAAGACAUUCAUUAUCAUUAUCUCGAUCUUAAAAUUCAAAAUGAGUUAACUUUAUUAUUGGCUAUUGGUAUUAAAAAUUCAAUUAUAAAAACU